UAUAGCGAUGACGAAGAAGAAGGUCGUCGCCAACGACGUCCGCGAGACCAUUUACGCCGACGUGCUCCACGGCAUGAAGUUCUCCAAGAGUCCGUACGGCCUCUUCAAGCAGAUAGCCGAGAGGUACGGGCUCGCGUCCAAGACGAUUCGGCGCAUCUGGCUGCGCGGCCAAGAGAGUGACGGCGUCGUCGCCCACCGUGUCCGAGGCAACAAGGGCCGCGGCCGUACGGACGCGCAGCUUCAAGAUAUCAACGCCAAGCUCAACGAGAUCCCGCAUAUCGAAGACAAGGAUUUGCGCUCGAUCGCCAAGGCCGUGGAGAUCCCGCUGAGCACGCUGCACAAGUACAUGGUGCAGGGUGUUGUUAAACCCAAGGGUCACACGCACUCACGCCCAAAGCGCCCGCCCGCUGUGCCCUCCGAGCAAACGACGUCGAUAGAGGCAAUGGCACCCGAGCCGACGGCAAUGCCAUUCGAGCCCGUCGACUUGGACGAGCGGCUCCCAUCGCUCAUGGCGCCGCCGCCCGACUUUCACACCUCCGACAUUGAGGUCCUCCAAGAAGAAAACGACCGCCUUCGGCGCGACAACUACGAGCUAGUCCAUGCACAACGUGCGCUAAUCGCACUCCAGGCUGAGAACGAGACGCUGAAGGCUCGAAAUUUGCAGCUCACGCAUGCGCUCCGCGACCUCUCGGCGCGCGUUCAGCUAGAAACUAUUUAACUUACUCAUUCCACUUCCUUCAC